GCUGCGACCGUGUUUGGCGCAGCUCGCGCAGGGAGCCCGGCGUUACGUCAGUCACCGACACGGUGCUACGUCACCCCCCGUGUACUCCUCCUUCAUCCACGGACAGCCUUCACCGCCCGGUUUGUUGUCACGGCACGUCCUACGUCACUGGUAGACGGACAGAGACGUGACGUCACCUUGAGAUAACGCAGCACGCGGAAGCUGGUCCGACCCCCUGCGGACAGCGGAUCAGGAGACCACAGCGAGAUGCCGUCUCUGUCGGAGCAGCUGCAGGAGGUGCGCAGCCGGGCGGAGGUGUGUCUGUACUCCGGCGGCCGGGCGGGGGAGGUGCGGGUCGGGGUGGUGGCCAUGGCGAAGCUACCCCUCCCGCCCGGCUUCAAAUACCGCCACAUCGCUGCAGAGACCAUGGUGGUGGACAACAGCGUGGGCAGCAACAGGAAGGAGACCCUCGCAUCUCUCCAGCGCUUGUCUACAGCAUUGAACAUCCUAGAGAAGUAUGGCUGUAAUCUGACAAAUCCCAACAGGCCAAAGUACUGGAGGACAGUGAAACACAACAACCCGGUGUUCAGGGCCACUGUUGACGCUAUUCAGGGAGGACGAGCAGUGCUCUGUCUCUAUGGCUACUCCAAUCAGCUGGCAGACGGGCUCAGUUUCCCUGAUGAUGUCACAGAUCCUGAUGUGGGCUGCGUUGCUGCGGUAACGUUAGAAGUGAUGAGUCUGAGGAUUGAGCUGGAAAUGCUUAUUAAGGAAGCUCAUCCACACCCUGACUUCUACGAGAGAAUCCUUCCUACGCUGAGACACAAGGAUGUGGGUCUCAACACUGAUGCUGUGAUCUGCCACUUCUCCUCCUCUUCAAGCCACUCAGGCGGUCAGACCAAGUCACUGGCCCUCCCGCUCCACCGUCACUCCUCCAGGGAGAGGAGUGGUGGGAAGUCCUUGUCCUCCAACCACCAAAGUCUCAAGUCCACCCCCAUCUCCUCCAGCAAGCACCCAGAGAACUGCACUAUCUGUGGAAUAUUCCGCAUCUCUGCUCACUGCCUCACCUGCCUCCAGGGCCUGUGCUCAGAAUGUGACAGACUGUACCACUCCUACCCGGAGAGGGCCGACCACCGGCGAACAGCUGUCUCCUCAUCGUCAUUGUCGUCAACAUCCUCCCAAAACAGCCCAAGUUCCUCCACCUGGCGUUGCCUUCACUGCACCAAAGUGAACUCCAUCCACGAUGUGCUGUGUGAGGAGUGUGAGCAGCCCCGCCUGGAACCGAUCGGCUCGAAAGCAGAAGAGUCUCAGCCUGCCACCAUCACGGAGUGGCAAUGUAAGAGCUGCACCAUGGUGAACGCAGCCAGCAGUAUUCUGUGCAAAGUGUGUGAAAGACCUCGUUUGGCUACGCGGCCUCCAGUGACCCCGUCGCAUCCACCCAUCACGCCCCCUAGACCACCAGCCCCAGUGCUGGGCAUGCCGGGUGACCCGGACAGCCAGUGGGUGUGUCAGUUCUGCACUUAUCUCAACUACUCUCCCGCUACGGUGUGUGAGAUGUGUGACCUGGCUCGUCCAGAGCCCGCCCCCCUGCCCGCAAAGCUCCGCCCCCCCUCCCCGGUCAGACGGGUCCCCGCGCUGCCGAUCAAACCCAAACAGCCCCCCACUGAAGACCUGGACUCCUGCAGGCAGAGGCGGAUGAAGGAGGAGGGACUGAAGCUCAUUCAGUUGAUCAGAGACGGUGAGAAGAAAGGAGUGAGUCCAGAGGAGGUGUACACGAGCAGGAGGGCAGCAGGGGACAGCAGCAUCCUGCCGUGUAAGUGGUUAAAGACGGAACUUCCUCUGCUGCUCGACCAGAUCCGGACGUCAGUGGCGACCUUUCCCCUUCAGCCCGUGUGUGACCAGAAUGCAGCAGAGCACACAAGCAGGUCGUGUGAAGCAUCUGCACAGGAGGCCGGGAAAGAAGCGCAAAGUGCGAAUGGCGUCCAGCUGUCCAGAGCGGAGGCCAAGCAGGCCUGGCUGAGAGCGGGGGGCGACAAGGAGCGAGCUGCCAGGCAGGCCCUGAGAGACCGACUCACCAAGGUGCAGGAGCUAUGUGCGCUCGGCUUCAGCAACGCGGCUCGCUGCCAUGAGGGGCUGAGGCAGAGCGGCGGCGAGGUGAGGGGCGCCCUGGCCCUGCUGCAGCGACCACUCCUGGAGCCCUUCCACAAGCACAUCUGGAGUGACAAGCCCGAGCCUCCCGUGGACAUCCAUCACCCUGACAAGCAGCGCAUAUGUCGGAGGCUGCUCGCGGUGUACGACCUCCCCAGCUGGGGUCGCUGUGAGCUGGCACUGUCGCUGCUCCUUGAGCACAGCGCCCCCUACUCCCUGGAGGACGUGGUGCAGGCGGUGCGGGAGUCCCACGAUAGAGAGUUCAUCAAGCGGGUGCUGGCUAAAGAGUGUCCCAUCUGCCUCUCCGUCUUCCCCCACAGCAAGAUGCAGUCUCUGACGUCCUGUCAGUGCUCCGUGUGCUGUGGGUGCUUCCAGCAACACUUCACCAUCGCCGUCAGGGACAAACAUAUCAGAGACAUGGUGUGUCCCGUCUGCUGGGAGCCGGACAUCAACGACCCCGAACACCUCAACAGCUACUUCUCCACCCUGGACAUCCAGCUGCGCGAGUGUCUGGAGCCGGAGGUCUACGAGCUGUUCCAUAAGAAGCUGACGGAGCAGGCCCUCAUCAAGGACCCGAAGUUCCUCUGGUGCUGCCAUUGUUCAUAUGGGUUCAUCUACGAUGGAGACCAGCUGAAAGUCACCUGUUUCCAGUGUCGUAACAGUUUCUGCGCUCAGUGUAAGAAGCCUUGGGAGUCCCAGCAUGCCGGUCUGUCCUGUGAACAGUACCAGUCGUGGAAGAGAGAGAAUGACCCCGAGUACCAGAGGCAGGGCCUGGCUGGGUACCUCAGAGACAACGGCAUCACGUGUCCUAACUGUCGCUUUCAGUACGCGCUGUCCAAAGGAGGCUGCAUGCAUUUCUGCUGCUCGCAGUGUCGGUACCAGUUCUGCAGCGGCUGCAACAACCCGUUCCACACUACGUGUGCUGUGGACGAAUGCAGCGUGUCUGGGUUACACGCCCAUCAUCCCAGGGACUGCCUGUUCUACCUGAGGGACUGGGAACCGGCCAGACUGCAGGCUUUACUGGAGAACAACGGAGUGGCCUUCAACACCGAACCGCCACCUGGAACACAGACAGGUCUGUGUGGGGUGAUCGAGCAGAAGGACGAGGGCGGCCAGCAGCCAGAUUCCGCCUGCGGAGCUCAAACCCAACCGGGACAUGCAGGACUCUGCGAGAAGCAUUACCGGGAGUACCUGGUCAGCCUAAUCAACAGCCAUUCCAUUGACCCCGCCCCCAUCUACAGCUCCAACGAGCUGCUACUGGCCUGCAAGAGGUACAAGGUGGACGACAGCCGCAGGGACGGAGAGGACGGCUUCACCUUCUUCAGCCGGCUGCUCAAGAAACUGAUGGAUGAAGUACCGCUUGGCGACAAGGUGCCACGCAAGAAGUAGGAAACUAACUUCCUGUUUCCUGCAGUGGUGAUGUUGACCUUUCAACUCAGCUGCAAAAGCGUGAAAUAGGAACAGUGUUGUUUACUGUUUGGAUCCCUAAUUCCUCAUCUCGUUUGAAUGUUGUUGCUUUCUUCUAAUCAAGUUAAUUUUGAUCAAUUUGAUCAUCAACUGGCUCAGUUUACUCCAGUUUACUGGUAUUUACACCAUUAAACGCCCCAGCAGACGCUCACACUCUUAGGGGGGACGUUAGGAUUGGGCCAAAGCUCCACAGGUGGUUUGAAAUGCUGUACACUGCCUGUCUCCUGAGGGGUGUGGUCAUGUUGUGUCCCCCCCAAGUGUUGUGUGGAUGAUUACACUUCUUUUUUUCUUUUGCUGUUCUCUCUUGUCCCAUUCUAAUUGAAUAGACCCUGGAAGGGGGCGGGGCAGUGGGGAAACCCACAGAUGGGAGGCUGUCUAGUAGGCCACUCCCUCUCUGAACUGUCUCUGGUUGGUUUACAGGCCUCUAGGCAGGAGGAGUGGGCGUGGUUAGAACAUCAAGUAAGCCAAUCAGAGGCAGAGCAGGGCAUGCCAUGUGCUCACCAUGGUGCUUCCUGUUGACAUGGACAGAGUCGAUCAGUAGUCCGAUGGUUGGCCUUUUUCUGACUGUAGCAGUUAACCGUAGUUAACCGACCUGUGAUAAUAAUAAAACCGCGUAGCAAGGAGUUGCCGUGGCAAUCUCCCUCGGAUACAGGCCCCAGGUCUGCAAUCACCAUCCUGUGUUCACUGCACAUUUAUUUCACUUAUUGUGUGUAAAAUGAAUGACUAUUUAUUGUGCAUGUUGAAUCUUGACAUGUGGGUAUUGUAGCGUAAUCACUGGUGUCAACAGUAUUUACAGAUUAUUUUGUCUUUGAAAUAUUUGUGGCAAAGCAGAGUUGCCAAUCAGAGUCUGAUUUGGAGUUGGUAAUAUGCGUUAGUAUGCACAACUUGAACUUGUGUUGAACAGGUUUUUCAUUCUGAAAAUGUGAAAACAGAUUUAAAUGACUUGUUUUGUUUCAGGAGAUUGUUGUGCUGGGGGGUGAACCCCCACCACUUGCAUGUUGAGGCCUGUACCUUGCUGAAAAUAAAUGCUCUUUCAUGACAUA